AUGCGUGAGAUUGGUAACCAGAUCGGUGCUGCCUUCUGGCAGAACAUCUCUGGCGAGCACGGCCUUGACAACGAUGGCAUCUACAACGGUACAUCCGACCUCCAGCUCGAGCGUAUGAACGUCUACUUCAACGAGGCCUCUGGCAACAAGUACGUUCCCCGCGCCGUUCUCGUCGAUCUAGAGCCUGGUACUAUGGACGCCGUUCGUGCCGGUCCCUUCGGCCAGCUCUUCCGCCCCGACAACUUCGUAUUUGGCCAGUCUGGUGCCGGCAACAAUUGGGCCAAGGGUCACUACACGGAAGGUGCGGAGCUUGUCGACCAGGUCCUCGAUGUUGUCCGCCGUGAGGCUGAGGGCUGCGACUGCCUUCAGGGUUUCCAGAUCACCCACUCUCUCGGUGGUGGUACUGGAUCUGGCUUGGGAACCCUGCUCAUCUCCAAGAUUCGCGAGGAGUUCCCAGACCGCAUGAUGGCCACCUUCUCCGUCGUUCCCUCCCCGAAAGUCUCCGACACCGUCGUCGAGCCCUAUAACGCCACCCUUUCCAUCCACCAGCUUGUCGAGAACUCCGAUGAGACCUUUUGCAUUGACAACGAGGCACUCUACGACAUCUGCAUUCGCACCCUCAGGCUCUCCAACCCCUCGUAUGGUGACCUUAACCAUCUCGUCUCUGCUGUCAUGUCCGGCGUCUCCACUUCACUCCGUUUCCCUGGUCAGCUCAACUCCGAUCUCCGCAAGCUCGCCGUCAACAUGGUUCCCUUCCCUCGUCUCCACUUCUUUAUGGUCGGCUUCGCCCCCCUGACCAGCCGUGGCUCGCACUCCUUCCGGGCCGUCAGCGUCCCUGAGUUGGCCCAGCAGAUGUUUGACCCAAAGAACAUGAUGGCCGCAUCUGACUUCCGCAACGGUCGCUUCCUGACCUGUUCCGCCAUCUUCCGUGGCAAGGUAGCCAUGAAGGAAGUUGAGGACCAGAUGCGUAGUCUCCAGAACAAGAACUCGUCGUACUUCGUCGAGUGGAUCCCCAACAACGUGCAGACAGCUCUCUGCUCGAUCCCACCCCGUGGUCUCAAGAUGUCCUCGACCUUCGUCGGCAAUUCGACUGCGAUCCAGGAGCUCUUCAAGCGUAUCGGUGAGCAGUUCACUGCCAUGUUCCGGCGCAAGGCUUUCCUUCACUGGUACACUGCCGAGGGUAUGGACGAGAUGGAGUUCACCGAGGCUGAGUCUAACAUGAAUGAUCUUGUUUCUGAAUACCAGCAGUACCAGGAUGCCGGUAUCAACGACGAGGAGGAGGAGUACGACGAGGAGGUUCCGCUUGAGGAUGAGCAUUAAGUGGCGAUCCUGACGCAUCGCGAGUUGGCAGCCUCCUGCUAUAAUGAUCCACGAUCAAGGGCAACAUUGAGCUGUUCGUCCAUUCUGCGGUCUUUCGAUUCAGGCUUGUGGCCAACAACCGAUAAGGGGUUUUCUACACAGACCUGUUCUAUGGAUGUCAUGCCACACUAUUGAUUCGGUAACCUUGCCGGCGUUGCGCUCGAGUGCCUCGCUGGGUUGGGGCUCGCAGCCGAUGAUGGAUGACCAUGUCUUAUGGAGCUGGUGCGAGAGGAAUCGGCCAUCACCUUAGCAUGGCGGGGUAUCUGAUCAAUCUUUUGACAAUUUGAGCCGCAAACUUCAACCUGAAUGCCACCGACGUGGCUUACCCAUAUGGGUUAGGGCGAAAAGGAUCCUGAUUCCCACCCCGCCUUACUCUACUGCCCGCAAGAAGUCUGCAGAUAUCAACCUGUAGGUAGCAGGUUAGCGGUCGCUGUACUUUGCUUUCGAGCUGUCGUAGGUUGCGCUCAGCAUAGAGACGCUCUGGUUAGAAACGGUGGGCCCAGCUCGAGGCUCAUCGGCCAUCC